GGAGGAGGAGGAGGAGGAGGAGGAAGAAGAAGGCAGGCCCUUCCUUCGCCCAACGUCGGCGCGGCCUCGCCAUGGACGCCGACCGCGUGCCGUGCUGCUUCCUGGUGCCAGAGGACGUGGCGGGCGUCGUUGCGGGCAGCGGGCCCCAGGCCUCCGGCGCCUGCGUCGAGGUGCUGCCCGACGAGGAGACGCCGCCCGUGCUGAGCGACCGCAUCGUCAGCGUCUUCGGGGGCCCCGCCCAGCAGGAGGCCGAGUGCAAGAGGAUCGUGCAGAUCGUCCACCGGUCCCAGGAGGUCGCGGAGGGCGCCGUGGGGAUCUUCGUCAUGCUGGUGCCGGCCGCGUCCACCGGCUACAUCGUGGGGCCCAAAGGUGCCACCAUCUCCGCCCUCGUGGACGGCUCGGGCGCCGAGGUGAGCAUUAGCCGAGCCCCGGUUGCCGGCACGGAGCUGCAGCCCGUGAGCGUGACGGGGGACCUGUCACAGACCGUCGACGCCGCUUGCCGGCUGACGGGGCUCCUGCAGGAGCUGGCCGCCCGCGGCCGGCUGGACGCCGAGCUGUGGCAGCCGCGGCCGCCCCUGGCCGCCGCAGGCG